GCGGCCGCUUCCGGCCCCGCCUCUUCCGCUCCCGGCUCCCGGCGGCGGCAUGGCGGCCGUCGCCCUGCGCUGCGCCGUGGCCGUGGCCGGAGGGCGGGCGGGCUCGUGGCGGCUGCGCUGCGUGUGUAGCAGCGCCGCCCCCGGCAGCCCGCCGCCCGCGCCGCCCGCGGAGCGCUUCACGCUGGUCUACAGGUUCCCGGGGAUCCGCUACUGCCGCGCGCUGUCCCGCCUGAAGCUGCUGCAGACCGGCCUGACCGUGCUGGCCCUGCCGCCGCUCGGCCUCCUGUACGCGCAGGGCCAGGCCUCGCUGCUGCAGCUGCAGGCGGCGGGGGGCAUGGCCGCCCUGGCCUUCGUCGUGCUCUACGGCCUCAGCUACUACCUGCGGCGCCUCAUCGGCCUCAUUUACCUCAGCGAGACGGGCGGCGUGGUGCGGGUGGCGCACCUCACCUUCUGGGGCUGGAGGCACGACAUCGACUGCCCCACCACCUCCGUCAUGGCGCUGGGGGACACGGGGGACAGGCGCGGUGAGCUGCUGCUCCAGUUCAAGCGCUACGACAGCCCACAGGUGCUGUACUUCACGCUCAGGUUUGGGCAAGUUGUGGACAAGCAGAAGUUCAAAGAGAUAUUUGGGCAAUUCCAGUGACCGCAAGGGCACCCGGUUUUCCAGCUGUCCCACCUGCAUUGUACUUCUUUUUGGUCUGUCGCAGGUGUCCGGUUACAUCAACUUGUUGAAAUAGUUGCACCUCCUUCUUGUAUUAAAUACCCCUCCUGCCAAACGUGCUUCAAUCUGUGUUUGUGUAGAGGGGGAGGCAGAAAUUCAACAGCCCUGUGGAGGGAAGUAAAAUCUUUCCCCUUCCCACCCGAAGCCUUUAUGUAACACAAAAAAAGGAGUUUGGCAGUAAAGUGAUCUCAGCUGGAGGCUCA